UUGUUCAUAAAAAUAAAAGAGCAAUAGACCAUUUACGCAAAAACCGGAAAUACGUAAACAACGCGUAAACGCAAUUCCGGUAUAAGCUUUGUUGUUGGUGGAGAAGUGGCAGCUAGAGUGUUUCCGACUUUCCUAACUUGUCUACCGAAGUUCACCAGCGCCGAUGUGGUGAAGAGUGUGGGUAUACAUUCGUCCACUAAAGGGAACAAACUGGAUAAGGGAUAUAAAUUCUUCCGCGCGGAGUUUAUCCACAAUUAUCAAGCAGAAGACAGGAUUUCUUAAUACACUAACCGUUAGCAGUGAGAUGAAGUUGAAAAUCUGACCCGGACUCACUGUUGUCUCUGGAGCAGGGAUCCAUUGUCCGGACAGCGUCAUAAACAUCUCCUGACUCAUACAGUGUACUUUGAGUUCACACCCAUAUAGUGAAAGUGAUUGAGACCUUCAGUGAAGCUCCUCCCACAACAACCCACCAAUAAAUGCUGGAGUCAAACACACAGAGAAAUCACUCCAUGUGUGACAACUGAAAUCUUCAUGACAUAAUGUUGAUGCUGGUGAAAGAGGAGCUUGAGAAGAUGACAGAUCCACAAUCAUGCAGAAUAAAGGAUGAAGAUACUGAGGAACAAAUAGAUAUGAUGGAAAUAAACACGGAUCAUCUACUUGAACUGAAUGAAGUGGAUGAGAAACAUCAGAAUGUGAAAAGAAACCAUAAUGUUUCACUGAAAGAAACUCUGAAGACAGAAGACAUAAAGUGUGAAAAUAGUUUCAAUGAAGAUGAACGCCCUGCAGAUCACAAGAGAACUCACAGUGAAGAGAAACCUUUCACAUGUCAACAGUGUGGAAAGAGUUUCAGAAGAAAAGAUCACCUUAACAUACAUGUGAGUGUUCACACCGGAGAGAAACCAUUCACUUGUCAUCUGUGCGGAAACAGUUUCAGAAAUAAAAGUACCCUUAAGUUUCACACAUUCAUUCACACUGGAGAGAAACCGUUCACAUGCCAUGAGUGUAAAAAAAGUUUCAGAAGUAAGAGUACCUUAACAGCACACAUGACAAUUCACACAGGAGAGAAACCUCACGCAUGUCUUCAGUGUGAAAAGAGUUACAGAGAUAAACGUGGACUUGAGGCUCACAUGAGAAGUCACACUGGAGAGAAACCUUACAUAUGCUCUCAGUGUGAAAAAAGUUUUUCAAGCAAACGCACUCUUAAGGCACACAUGAAUGUUCACAAUGCAGAAAAACCAUUCACAUGUCAUCACUGUGCAAAAGGUUUUAAAACGAAACGUGACCUUAAUAUACAUGUGAGUAUUCACACUGAAGAGAGACCGUUCACUUGUCAUCACUGUGGAAAGAGUUUUAAAGUGAAAAAUGAACUUAAUAGACACCUAAAAAUUCACACUGGAGAGAAGCCUCACACUUGUCAUGUUUGUGGAAAGAGUUUCAGUUUGAAGUGUAUUCUUAAGAGACACAUGAUGAUUCACAGUGAAAAGAAACCUCACGCAUGUCUUCAGUGUGAAAAGAGUUUCAUAGAAAAAAGUCAACUUGAGAUUCACAUGAGAAGUCACACUGGAGAGAAACCUUACAAAUGUCUUCACUGUGAAAAGAGUUUUACAAGGAAAGAUAUUCUUAAGAUACACAUGAGAAGUCACACUGGAGAAAAACCGUUCACUUGUCAUCAGUGUGGAAAGAGUUUUAAAAUGAAACGUGACCUUAAUGAACACCUAAGAAUUCACACUGGAGAGACACCAUACGCGUGUCAACAGUGUAAAAAGAGUUUCAGGGCAAAAUUUCAACUUACUGUACAUUUGAGAACUCACACUGAAGAGAAACCGUUCACAUGCCAUGAGUGUAAAAAGAGUUUCAAAACAAAAUUUAACCUUAAAAGACACGCAAGAUUUCACACUCAAUAGAAACCAUUCAUGUGUCAACAGUGUGGAUAUGACAACAAAGUUUAGAAAUCAGCUGAGGUCUUAUUAAUAAAACUGUCUGGAGGAUCUUUACUAAAAGUCUACAUGUGCACAAAAGCCAAAAAUGGCGUUCGGCAAAAAAAAAUUCAGGCCGUUUCUCAAUAUGUGUUCUUGUCUGUACUUGUGUUCUUGUGGAGCGGAAGUACUGUUCCAAUUCCAAGUUCACAUCAAGUCAAGUUUACAUAACAUCUCGGGAUGUGUUCUUGAUCCGUUCGUUUUAUUGAGGAUGCAUCAGAAGGUGUAUUGUGUGGACUUAACGACAGCCAAGUUUCCCAGAAUACAUUUCACGUCAACGGCAGUGGAGCUUAAAACCUGCACAAUAUUUGAAAUAUUACUCUUUCUGUCAUAAAAUGUAGCUGUUUAGUCAAGAAAAUAGAUUAAUAAAAUUUAAAUCGGUGGUCAGUUACUGAAGAUAGCGCCUAUAUUAACAUUUCCUCUGAUGAUUUUGGAUAUGUGAGUUCAAGUUGAUCAGCGGGCAGUCAGUGUCGUGUACACCACCGGGGGCAGAUUUAUCACUGCAAGUCCUUCUGAAAUUUGCCGCUGUCUCAUUGCAGCUGCUCUGCCCUUCAGUGUCUGAUCAUUAAACAUGAAAUAUUUCUGUAGCGGUAAACAAGCUUCCAAAUUUCCAAUUUUAUCCCUUGUUUCUUAACCACAAUGAGAGGUGAUGAUGCAAUGUUUCUGACGCGUACAAAGUAGCAUAAAAUCCAAAGAGGCUUGUUGAUGUUUCCUACUGAUAACUUUAUUGUAUCAAAAUUAAAGAUGCAUUUUAGCAUAAAACAAACACAAAUCCACUUUCAGCCAUUCUCCAUGUGUAUCGUCAAUUAACUGUAUGAUCUUGCACCAGCGCCUUCCUCCUGUCAUGGGUGGCAUAACCUUUUAAACAUUUCUCUCACCUAUAGAGGACACACCCUCAAAGAAAUUAACAAUUAAUCAUACAACAACAGAAUUAUAUUUAAAUGAACAAAUUGAACAAAAAUGUGAAAUAAGCUAGUAACUAUGGCUCCUACAAUUCCCUUUUGAUAUAUCUAACUGGCAUUUUUUGGUCUUAUCAAUUUAUUUCUCUUUAUUAUUCAUAUGAAGUCUGUUAUUUGUUAUUAUCGUUUUAACUGAUGUUAAAGUUAAGUUUCAUAACUUAAGUCACAUAUAUUUUCUAUAUAAUCUUAACACUGAAGCAAUAACUUUGUACUUUAACUAGAUUUUUUUCUUGUGUUUACUUCAUGUUGUACAAAAGUUUUGUACUUUUAAAUGAAUGGUCGUGCUUUAUAUCAUAUUUUAUUUUGUAAUAAACACAU